AUGGAGCCCCUCACCGAGCUCAGCCAGGAGGGCGCGGGCGGCGGGGAGCCGCCGGGCGACGGGCCGCUCUGGACCGCUGUCUUCGAAUACGAGGCGUGCGGCGAGGACGAGCUGAGCCUGCGGCCGGGGGACGUGGUGCAGGUGCUGUCCCGGGACUCGCACGUGUCCGGCGACGAGGGCUGGUGGACGGGCAAGAUCGACCAGCGCGUCGGCAUCUUUCCCAGCAACUACGUGAGCAGCGGCGUGCCGGGGGGCGGCCCGGAGCUACGCGCCCGAUACCCGCCGCCCCCCGCCAUACAGCUCCUAGAGAUCGACUUCUCAGAGCUUGUUCUGGAAGAAAUCAUUGGCAUAGGGGGCUUCGGAAAAGUGUAUCGAGCUGUAUGGAUAGGAGAUGAGGUUGCUGUCAAGGCAGCUCGCUAUGACCCUGAUGAGGACAUCAGCCAGACCAUUGAGAAUGUCCGCCAAGAGGCCAAGCUCUUUGCAAUGUUAAAACAUCCCAACAUCAUUGCCCUCAGGGGUGUGUGUUUGAAGGAACCUAAUCUUUGCCUGAUCAUGGAGUUUGCCCGCGGAGGAUCGCUCAAUAGGGUGUUGUCUGGUAAAAGGAUACCUCCUGACAUACUGGUGAACUGGGCAGUGCAGAUUGCCAGGGGAAUGAACUACCUGCACGAGGAAGCAAUUGUUCCCAUAAUUCACCGUGACCUCAAGUCCAGCAACAUACUGAUACUCGAAAAGGUGGAAAAUGGAGAUCUGAGCAACAAGAUGUUGAAGAUCACGGAUUUCGGCUUGGCCAGGGAGUGGCAUAAAACUACCAAAAUGAGCGCAGCUGGGACAUAUGCCUGGAUGGCUCCUGAGGUCAUCCGCUCUUCCAUGUUCUCCAAAGGCAGCGAUGUUUGGAGUUAUGGUGUGCUGCUUUGGGAACUGCUGACAGGAGAAGUACCGUUCCGAGGAAUUGAUGGUCUUGCAGUAGCAUAUGGUGUUGCUAUGAAUAAGCUUGCCCUUCCAAUCCCUUCCACGUGUCCUGAGCCUUUUGCCAAACUCAUGGAAGAUUGUUGGAAUCCUGACCCACACUCACGACCUUCCUUUGCCACUAUCCUAGACCAUCUUACUGCCAUAGAAGAGUCUGGUUUUUUUGAAAUGCCCAAAGAUUCCUUCCACUCCCUGCAGGAAGACUGGAAACAAGAGAUCCAAGAGAUGUUUGAUCAGCUUAGAGCCAAAGAAAAGGAGCUGCGCACAUGGGAAGAAGAGCUGACUCGUGCUGCUGUUGAACAGAAGAACCAUGAGGAGCUGCUACGAAGGCGGGAACAGGAACUGGCAGAACGCGAGAUUGACAUUCUGGAAAGGGAGCUCAACAUCAUCAUCCACCAGCUGUGUCAGGAGAAGCCUCGGGUCAAGAAACGCAUGGGGAAGUUCAAGAGGAGCCGGCUCAAGUUAAAGGAUGGCAAUCAUAUCAGCUUGCCUUCAGAUUUUCAGCAUAAAUUCACUGUGCAGGCUUCUCCAACGAUGGACAAAAGGAAAAGCUUGAUCAGUAGCUGCUCCAGCCCUCCUGCAAGUCCUACCAUUAUUCCCAGACUCAGGGCCAUACAGUUGACACCUGCUGAAAGCAGUAAAACGUGGGGACGAAGCUCAGUCCUUCCAAAGGAGGAAGGAGAGGAAGAAGAGAAGAGAGGCCAGAAGAAAAAAGGACGCACUUGGGGACCAAGCUCACUUUGUCACAAGGAGCUAGGUGCAGGAGAAGAGGGUCUGAAAGCUCUGGUAGAAGGAUGCAAGCAGUGGUCAUCCAGUGCACCAAAUCUUGGGAAGAUCCAGAGAACUGCACCUGCUUUUCCAGGAUUCACCAGCUUAGCAGAGAUGGAUGAUGAGGACAGCGAAUGUUUUAAUGGAGAGGGCAAAGUGCACCCUUCACCUGUGCACAAUCAGUCAUACCUCUGCAUCCCAUUUCAGAAGAAUGAAGAAUGGGAUGGCCCUUCUAGUGAUGCCAAUGAGGAGUCCACCCCUGUAAACUCUGCUACCAGUACCCCACAGCUGACACCCACCAACAGCCUCAAACGUAGCGGCUCCCACCACAAGCGAUGUGAGGUUGCAUUGCUUGGCUGUGGAGCAGUGCUGGCUGCUGCAGGCCUGGGUUUUGAUCUGUUAGAAGCAGGGAAGUGUCAGCUGCUGAUUGAGGAAGAGCCAGAGGUGCCCAAGGAAGAGAAGAAGAAGCGUGACAGCAUUUUUCAGCGAGCUGGCCGCCCACGCAGGAGCACUAGUCCACCUUCACGGAAGAUCUUCAAGAAGGAUGAUCCCCUGUUGUUGCUAGGCGAGCCAUCCACGUCCCUCACCCUUCUUUCCCUGUCUUCCAUUUCCGAAUGUAAUUCCACCCGGUCCCUGCUGCGCUCAGACAGUGAUGAGAUUGUGGUUUAUGAGAUGCCUGUCAGCCCAGUGACAGUCAAGGCUCCCUUGCCAGCCAUUACAAACCCACUGGUCAAUGUCCAGAUUGAGAGGUUCAAACAAGACCCCAACCAGUCCCUGACCCCCACGCACGUGACGGUCUCUUCCCACACCCAGCAAAGCGGACACAGGCGCACACCUUCUGAUGGAGCCAUCAAAGGGAGUGGACUGGUUGUCAAUGGGUGCCCAACCAGUGGAUGCCCUUCCAGUAGCUGCUUAACUGGAGCACUGGGAGCAGGUGUAUUAAAAACACCUAGUCCAAGCAGAGAUCCCAGUGAGGUCCCUCGCCUGCCAGACCCCAACCUUGUUUUUCCUCCAACCCCGAGACGAUGGAAUGCACAGCAGGAUCCCACACUGGAAAGACCUAAGACACUGGAGUUCCUACCCCGGCCACGUCCUGCAGCCAGUCGGCAGCGGCUUGAUCCCUGGUGGUUUGUGUCACCCAGCAAUGCCAAGGGUGAAUCUUCUGCCAACAGUUCAAGUACUGAUACUCCAAGCAAUCUGGACUCUUGUUUUGCUAGUAGCAGCAGCACUGUAGAAGAGAGACCUGGACUGCCUGCACUGCUUCCUUUCCAGGUGGGUCCUCCUGCAGAGGAGCGGACACUGUUGGACAUGGAUGCUGAGGGGCAGAGCCAGGACAGCACCAUUCCGCUAUGCAGAAGUGAACUUAACACACACAAAGCUGCAGCAUAUGAACUCAAGCAAGAAUAUUGGUCUUAA